AUGACGUCGGAGCGUUCUCGAAUCCCGUGUCUCUCGGCUGCUGCUGCCGAAGGAACAGGGAAAAAGCAACAAGAAGGAAGAGCAAUGGCGACACUGGAUCGCAAAGUGCCCAGUCCGGAGGCGUUUCUGGGCAAACCCUGGUCCUCCUGGAUCGACGCCGCCAAAUUACACUGCUCCGACAAUGUAGAUUUAGAAGAGGCUGGAAAAGAGGGUGGAAAAAGCAGGGAGGUUAUGAGGCUUAAUAAAGAAGAUAUGCACUUAUUUGGCCACUAUCCCGCACAUGACGACUUCUAUCUCGUAGUGUGCAGUGCCUGCAAUCAGGCCGUCAAGCCACAGGUUUUCCAGGCGCACUGCGAGAGAAGACACGGUUCAAUGUGUAGACCUUCUCCCUCCCCAGCAACUCCACCCUCCAAUUCCAGGACAUCGCUAGCACAGGUGAAAACAAAAGCCUGUCUCAGCGGCCAGAACUCUGUCAGCAGCACCUCAAAGCCAUUCAAAACGCCCAAAGACAAUCUACUUACCUCCAGCAGCAAACAGCACACGGUCUUUUCUGCAAAAGGAUCGAGGGACAAACCAUGCGUUCCGGUUCCUGUAGUCAGUUUAGAGAAAAUUCCUAACCUAGUGAAGGCAGAUGGUGCCAAUGUCAAAAUGAACUCUACAACCACUACCGCGGUCACCUCCUGCUCCACCUCGUCCUCUGCUGUCUCCACCCCACCUUUAAUUAAGCCAGUCUUGAUGUCCAAGUCAGUGCCACCUUCCCCAGAGAAGAUCUUAAAUGGCAAAGGAAUUUUGUCUGCCACAAUAGACAAGAAACACCAAAAUGGCACCAAAAACAACAACAAGCCUUACAGGAGACUUUCAGAGAGAGAAUUUGACCCAAAUAAACACUGUGGAGUAUUGGAUCCCGAGACAAAGAAACCUUGCACAAGAUCCCUCACCUGCAAGACACAUUCGCUAAGCCAUCGGAGGGCAGUCCCAGGCCGGAAAAAGCAAUUUGACCUCCUUCUGGCCGAACACAAAGCCAAGUCCCGGGAAAAAGAAGUGAAAGAUAAAGAGCAUCUCCUGACUUCGGCGAGGGAAGUACUUCCAAACCAACCCGGGCCGGCGCAGGACUCUCUGCCAGGACCUUCAGGAAGCUCUGGGCCAGAACCGAAAGUCGCCUCCCCUGCAAAAUCCAGGCCACCUAACUCUGUGCUUCCUAGACCAUCAUCUGCAAAUAGCAUCAGCAGCAGCACAUCUUCAAAUCACAGUGGCUACACCCCGGAACCCCCCCUGCCCCCCGCCGGAGGUGACCUCACCAGCCGACUGUCAAGUGAUGAAGGGGAGAUGGAUGGAGCUGACGAACCCGAGAAGUUAGACUGUCAUUUCUCUACCCACCACCCCAGACCUCUUGCGUUUUGCUCAUUCGGGAGUCGCCUCAUGGGACGAGGGUACUAUGUGUUUGAUAGAAGAUGGGAUCGUUUUCGAUUCGCACUAAACUCCAUGGUAGAAAAACACUUGAAUUCACAGAUGUGGAAGAAGAUCCCUCCUGCGGCAGAUAGCCCCAUGCCCUCGCCGGCAGCCCACAUCACCACCCCCGUUCCAGCAUCCGUUUCCCAGCCUUUCAACAACCCCAGUGCUGUGUAUCUUCCUUCAGCUCCCAUCAGCUCGAGACUCACCUCUUCUUACAUAAUGACAUCAGCCAUGCUCUCAAACGCAGCUUUUGUGGCGUCGCCGGACCCGAGCGCCCUCAUGUCACACACCACAGCUUUCCCCCAUGUGGCUGCAACCCUCAGCAUCAUGGACUCAACCUUCAAGGCCCCAUCUGCUGUGUCCCCGAUACCAGCCGUCAUCCCUUCCCCAUCCCACAAGCCAUCCAAAACCAAAACCAGCAAAUCCUCAAAAGUCAAAGACCUGUCCGUCCGUAGCGACGAGUCUCCAAGUAACAAAAAGAGGAAGCCGCAGCCUUCGACUUCCUCGUCCUCCUCCUCCUCAUUAACCUUGCAGACAUCCCUCUCGUCUCCAUUAUCAGGGCCCCACAAAAAGAACUGUGUCUUGAAUGCCAGUUCAGCUUUGAACUCCUAUCAGGCGGCCCCUCCCUAUAACAGUCUGUCUGUGCACAGCUCAAACAAUGGGGUGAGCCCACUCAGUGCCAAACUGGAGCCCUCAGGACGGACCUCGCUGCCCGGCGGCCCCGCGGACAUAGUGAGACACGGGGGCUCGGUGGGCGGCAGCAGUGACUCCUGUCCCCUCUCUGUGCCCUCCCUUGCAGGGGACCUCUCUCUGGCCUCACACAAUGCCGUGUCUUCGCUGCCCCUCUCUUUUGACAAAUCAGAAGGAAAAAAGCGUAAGAACUCGAGUUCUAGUAGCAAAGCCUGUAAAAUCACUAAAAUGCCUGGUAUGAAUAGCGUUCACAAAAAGAACCCGCCCAGCCUUCUCGCGCCGGUGCCGGAUACCGUUAACAGCACCUCCUCUCGGCAGGUCGGGAAAAAUAGCAGCCUAGCUUUGUCACAAUCCAGUCCUUCAAGCAUAUCCAGCCCAGGACACAGCCGGCCGAAGACCACAAACAGAACGGGCAGGAUAAGGACUCUUCCAUAACAAGACUGUGAAGCCACUUCCAAACCAAUGCCUG